CGCGCGCUCGCAGCGACUCUUCCGCUUCCGGGGCAGGCGGCGGCGGGUCGGUAGGUCGGCGGGAUGGUGCUGCUGGAGAGCGAGCAGUUCUUGACAGAACUAACAAGGCUUUUUCAAAAAUGCAGAACCUCAGGGAGUGUUUACAUAACACUGAAAAAAUAUGAUGGUCGAACAAAACCCAUUCCACGUAAAGGCCAUGUGGAAGGCUUUGAGCCAGCAGACAAUAAAUGUCUUCUGAGAGCAACGGAUGGGAAGAAAAAGAUUAGCACAGUGGUAAGCUCAAAGGAAGUAAACAAAUUCCAGAUGGCCUAUUCCAACCUAUUGAGAGCUAACAUGGAUGGCCUGAAGAAGAAAGACAAGAAAAACAAAAAUAAGAAAAGUAAAGCAACCCAGUGAUGGAACAUAACGUCUUUCCAUUACUGCAGGACUUGCAUUCUAGCCUUCAAAGUCCAUUUUUUCCUAAGUCAACACUUUCUUUUGGUGGUAGAAUACUGAGAUGUGAACAAUACUUUCACUUAAAUAAAAUGAAAAUAAAAGGUAGUUUCUGUAGAUUGUUAUUUGGCAGGAAUAUUCACAAGAUUAGACUGAAACCUUUUCACUCUCAGCUGCCAUGUUUUGUAUGCAGGAUAGUCUGUAAACUGUAGAACUUCAUGUUACAAUUGCAAUGACUGUUUUAGUAAAAGUCUCAUUCUUAUGAAUGUGUUCAGGGAUUUGGUGCUUCUUACUUUCAAUGGUUAUAUUGCUACCACUCUGAAAAUUGUAAAUAUAGUAUCUCGAUGCUUUGUUGUGAAACAGUAAUAUUUGCUUGUUCCUAUUAAACAAUCAGAAGUGCAUUUGGUUGAAA